AUGAAAUUGCUUUUAGCUCCUGAGUCUAUCAAUGUCAACACCCUUCUGCCUCCUAUGUCAGCCCACACCUUAAAAGACUUGCUGGAAGUGAAUCCUUCUUUACUCUGCAAGGACAGUUGUAAAGUCUUUAACUCCUCUACUGUUUCACCCUCCUCCUUCUGCUAUGUCCCCCAGUCUUCUCCUUCCUCCUCUUCACUACUUGCUUCACAUAAUUUCAGUUGCAUGUGCUUGAACUUGCACACAUGUUUCCUAUUCCAUUUAUCCCCACACUUGAAACACAGUCCCUUCUUACUCCUUUCCUCCAAUUCGGCAGGGUUAAGUCUUCUUCCUUUUGGCUUAUCAGUAGUCACUGAACCACUCUUCUCAUUCUCCUUCUUAACCCAUUGUACUCACCAGGGUCCUUGA